UCACGUGUUGUCAAAGAAGGCGUUGUGCAACGUGUGCGGCAUCUUCGAGCAUUUAUGAGUCGUCUCCUGAAAAUGAGUGCCGGUAUAAAACGAUCAACUCGUUAAUUACCUUAAAUUCAAUAAGCUAAUGUUAACACAGCGAGUAGAACAAGAGAUUUCUGAGAUUCAACAUCAUCAUAAUCAGAAUAUUCGAACACCAUGGAUGGCAUAAGUUUGUAUCAGACGUUCCUUCGCAUCCAUCAACCUCAAUUAGAGUUCACUGGAGUUCCCGUAAUAUUCUGGGAAACUCUGUUUAAAAAACUGCAAAAGCAAAUAUUCGACUCCGGUCUAGUUUUCCAAUUAGCUCGUAUCGAUUAUGAAGAUAAUGAAAAAACGGCUACAGAUCCUGUCUGGAAACUGUUCACGUCCUCCGAAGCAAAGGUCUCAGCACAGAAUCCAGAAAACAUCUAUCUCAUUGACCAUGCUUGGACCUACGGCCUAAAUUCAGCUCGACAAAAUUUGACCCAAGUUCCAGGUCUUUUAGAUCGAAUGUGUGGUUUAAUGGGAUAUGACGUAGAAGAAUCUGAGAAUAAUAAGGUGGAGUUUAUUCUUUCCGAAAUGUGGCGCUAUAAUCAGUUUUAUGCUCUCCGUUCUGCACCAACAGUUGAAGACGGUAUGCCAAUUUGGUACAUAAUGGAUGAAGUUGGUUCUGCCAUAAAUCACUCAGAUGAUCCAAAUUUUCGCAUAGUUCCCUUUCUCCAUGUACCUGAAGGCGUAGCGUACACUCUUCUAUAUCCUCUCAGAGAUUCCGAAUCUGAUGAAGAAGUAACCAGAGAUUUUACAGAGGGACAAAAUACAGAUCCACACGUCAAACGGGCACUGUUACUACCUUGGAGUCAAGAUGAGAGCUUUAUGCAAGAGGAUUUUAUUCAGGAAGAGCCUACUGAUGAUUACUUUCUGUACGGACACAUCAGGGAGAGCUUAGCUGAUGCGACAGCCCUUCCCCAGCACCCUGUGGAUUCUCCGUUACGAGUAUUUUCGCAGUACAGUCUCGUGAAUGAAUUCCUAACUGACCCUGGCUUCGAGAUUGUACAAACAGAGCAAGAAGCGGAUAUUCUUUGGCUAACUUCACAUUUCAAAGAGUUCAGAGAGCUUAGCAUAGAUGCACCAAGGGUAUUCGUGAACCAAUUUCCAUUUGAAAAUGUUCUCACUAUAAAGGAUCUACUUUGCAUUGUGUGCAGGAGAAAAGCUGGCUUGAAAAAAUAUGAUUUUCAAACGCUGGAGACAUUCCCAUCGUGGCUACCAACGACUUAUAAUUUAAAAACAGAGCUUGUUAAAUUUGUAUCUUACUUCCAGCACCGAGAAUCGAAGGGCCUCGGUAAUCACUGGAUAUGUAAACCAUGGAACUUGGCAAGAGGACUAGACACACAUAUAACUAACAACCUGUAUCACAUAUUAAGACUUCCUAGUACAGGUCCAAAAAUAGCGCAAAAGUAUAUAGAAGAUCCAGUUUUGUAUAGUAGACCCGAACUAGGAAGAGUUAAAUUUGAUAUAAGAUACGUUGUUCUUUUGAAAUCGGUACGCCCGUUGAAAGUCUACGUUUAUUCGAAUUUCUUCUUGAGAUUUGCUAACAAAGUAUUUGCCUUGAAUAACUUUGACGACUAUGAGCAGCACUUCACAGUUAUGAACUAUGGAAAUGAGAUUUCCUUGUAUCACUUAAAAUGCGUUGACUUUAUUGCCGAAUGGGAGAAACAGUAUCCGGAAUUCGACUGGAGCAAAAAGGUAGAGACAAAGAUCCUGGCUAUGUUAGAAGAAGUCUUUGAAGCAGCUAUUGGAGCAGAUGCACCCAGAGGAUUGGCCCACAACGAGCAAAGCAGAGCCCUUUAUGCAGCUGAUAUAAUGCUCGAAUGGAGGCACGAAGAGAUCCACCCCGUUUUACUGGAAGUAAACUUUACACCGGACUGUAAAAGGGCUUGCGACUAUUAUCCGAAUUUUUACAACGAUAUUUUUAAACUCCUAUUCUUGGACGUUGAAAACCCAGAGCUUUUUCAUAAGCUCUAUACGGCACAGAAAUGAUUAAUGAAUUUUUUUUCACUUCAUUAUAGUUUCUUAAUUUCCGUAAUUGAAUAUACACUUACAUGUUUACUGUUUACAUGCCUUGGACGUUUUUUGCUAAACGUAAAAUACGCUACAUUUAUUUUUUCUAACCGAUAUUGUAUCAGUUAACAAAUAAACAUUGUAAUUCGUAUAAUAAUAUAGCGAUACGAAUGUAUCAUAAUUAACUUGAUGUAUAUUCUGAACGCGCUCCACUCAAUAAAUAUCGUGCAACGAAUAUAUUUGUAAUUAAUUUAAUUUUUUUAUAACGGUGAUUAGGUAAUUAGUUUUUACGAAUCGACGAAAAUCAGACAGAAUUGAUAAUAAACUUAUUUCCGAGGCAUAAAGGGGAACGCGGUGCAAUAUCCGGGGUACUCAAGGAAUCUAUGACAAGAAGAAUAGAAAAAAUUUCCAAUCCAAAAUUAUGUUUAAGGUCCUUCUCGAUCAUUUUAAACAAAUUUUUACGAAAUCUUUGGGGCACCCCAUAUUGCCCCGCGUUCCCCUAAAGAUAAGAAUCGAUGCUAACUGCAGACUAUAAGGGUUGAAUUUUGUGGGCGGUUUACCAAAAUUUAUAUGUAUCUCUGAAAUGCAGUUGUGCGUUAAAUCGUGCUUAAUAGGAUUUAAUUAAAUUUUAGCAGUCCACAAAUAAGCUAAUUAAAUUAGCUCCGAACCACGUAAACUACACAAUGGUAAGCACAAACUCAUGUGUCUAACUGCUACCGAAAUUUCGGAGUAAAUGUAUAAUGCAUAAAUAAAAUCGUAUACAGUA